AUGCCUAUCUCCUGGUGUUCUCGUAAGCAACCUACUGCCUCUUUCUCCUCCAUUGAGGCAGAGUAUCAUGUCGUUGCUUCUGCGUUGUCUGAAAGAAACUGGAUCACACACUUGCUCAAAGAUCUUCAUGUGCCGCUCUCUGCUUCUCCAACAAUACUUUGUGAUAACCUUGGGGUCACUUACAUUGCCGAGAAUCCAGUACAUCAUACAAAAAUGAAGCACCUUGAGGUUGAUCUUCACUUUGUUCGUAACCAUGUCCUUAGUGGCCUAGUCCGCGUAACACAUAUCCACUUUGCUGAUCAACUUGCAGAUCUACUCACCAAACUAUUGUCCAAGCCGGCCUUCCAACGCAUGCUUCCCAAGUUAGGCAUUAUGGGAAAUUUUGAUGCAGCGAGAAAGGUAUUGAAUACCAUGCCUAGCCAAGAUAUUGCUGCUUGGAAUGCUCUAAUCUCAGCUUAUGAGCAGAGUGGUAAACCAAAGGUGGCUUUGGCUGUUUUCAACGAGUUGCAGCUCAUCAAGAAGGCAAAACCUGAUGAGGUGACGCUUGUUUGUACUCUCUCUGCGUGUGCUCAGUUGGGUGCAAUUGAUUUAGGUGGGUGGAUCCAUGUGUUUUCAGCUGUGCAUAGAAGGCAGCGGCUUAUCGCAAUUGCGAAGAAAGCCCAGGCCAGCUCCCUCUCACAAAUGCGAUAUUAUCUUCGCAAUUGCGAAGUUUCCCAUUUUGCGGUGAUCGCAAAUGCGAUGCUGUAG